AUUUAUAUUGCGUGUUUUACAGAAACUUCGUCUUGGAUUUGAUGUUUAUUUAUUUCAACGCUGAUCUAUAAAGACAUAUUUCAUUUGACUGAUUUAUUUCAAGAUCUCCAAACUUUAGAAAACACAAUCAUGUCUGUGUUUACAUGUAUAACAUGUCGGGUUGCGUUCGCUGAUGCAGAGUUACAGAGAAGCCAUUAUAAAACAGAUUGGCAUCGUUAUAAUUUAAAACGAAAAGUUGCAGAGUUACCUCCUGUCACUGCAGAGAACUUCAACAGUAGAGUUUUAGCACAGAAAAGUCAGGUUGAAGAAUCUGAAAAAAAUACUGUUUCACAAUGCCUAAUUUGCAAAAAGAAAUUUAAUUCAGAGAAUGCGUAUAAAACACAUGUUAAAUCUAUAAAACAUCAAGAAGCAGAGAAGAAUUAUGACCCAGAGACUGAAGAAAAUAAAAAGAAUAAAGCCAUCUCCAGAUCAGAUUCACAAGCAGGCUCUUCCAAGGGGGAUAACUCUCAACAGUCAACAGAUGCUGCAAUUAGUAGUCAGUCACCAGACGCAGAAAUGUCAGAUGAUGAUGAUGAAGAAGGGAGUGAGGUAGAAAGUUGGAACAGCGAUGAUGUAGAAAGCUUGCCGAUAGAAGAAUGUUUAUUCUGUUCGGUAAUCGGUGAUAGUUUAGAAGACAAUGUAAAACAUAUGACUGAGGAACAUAGUUUCUUUAUCCCUGAUGCAGAAUAUUUGGUGAAUUUAGAGGGCCUCAUUUCAUAUCUAGGUGAAAAAGUGGGUGUGGCCAACAUGUGUUUAUGGUGUAAUACUAAAGGCAGAUCAUUCUACUCCAAACAGGCAGCUAAAAAUCACAUGGUAGAUAAAGGACAUAGUAAAAUGUUACAUGAAGGCGAGGCUGUGUUCGAAUAUUCUGACUUUUAUGAUUACAGAAAAAGUUACCCAGAUCAUGAAGGAAAGACAGAUGAGGAAGAGGAAAUGGAAAUUGAUACACCAGAUCUAGUUGGAGAAGGUUUUGAACUGGUUUUACCCUCAGGUGCCACCAUUGGUCAUCGAUCACUUGCCAGAUAUUACAAACAGAAAUUACGCCAUGAAACUCACCGACCACAACAUAGAGCCAUCAUGCCUGGUAUUCUUUCUCAAUAUAGAGCUUUAGGCUGGACUGGAGCUACAGGACCAAUGGUAGAACAGAAGAAGAAAGAUAUUAUGUAUAUGCAAAAAUUACGCAACAAACAUUUCGUUCAAGUGGGAGUCAAGGGAAAUAAAUUGUAUAGAAACUAUAAGCCACAGAAUCCAAUUUAAACUGUGAUUAAAACAUUUUCAUUAUUA